GCAGAAUGCAAACUUCAGGUCUCGUUCGUAUUGUAAGAGUUGACCAUGAUUUUCGGAGGAGGUCAAAAAACCUGGUAGUAUUGUAGUGAUGUAUAGCAUGUUUCUAAUUAUUUCUGUGGCUCUGCAUGUCCUCCACUGGAAGUCCACAUGGAUAUUGCUAUAAUUAACGUUAAUUUCAUCUCUAGUUGGUGGUUUUCUGAAGCGCAAACGGUGUGAGUUGGCGUCAGCGAUGUGAUGUCUGUCUGUAUUGGUAUUAAUUGUGAAAUUUAUUCUGAUGAGUAUGAUGAGAAUACAGUCAACAUAAGCGUGCCAAAAUAUGUAAAAGAAGGAGAAAAUGUAACACUUCAUUGUGAGUUCCAUCCAAAUUCCAACAUAUUUUCUGUGAAAUGGUAUAAAAAAGGACUGGAAUUUUUCCGGUUUGAACCCAUGGGAAACCUGCCUAAAGUAUUUCUACUUCCUGGAAUUUCAGUUGAUAUAAAUAGCAGCUCAGUUAACAGUGUGGUCUUAAAAAAUGUACAAACCGAACUUACAAAUAGAUACAUGUGUGAGGUAACUUGGGAAGCUCCAUCAUUUUAUACUGUUUCGGAUUCAAAAAUGAUGUAUGUAAUUGGUGAACCAGAGAGUGAACUGGUUUUAACAGUCGCCACAAAAAAUACGAGUUUCGGAGCAUCAAUUAUACGAGCCGUUUGUACUACUCCCCCAUUGACAGUUCGUCCAAACUUUACAUGGUUUCUCAAUGGAGACCAGAGUUAUUAUGAAGCUUCUGACAUAAUCGAACGAAGUGGUGAUAAUUUAAACAAAUUUACAUCUUAUUUUAUUCGUCUAGUUAGUCAGGAAAUGUUUAUGUUCGACGAGGCAAAUUUGACAUGUGAAGCUCAAAUUGGAGAUAUCUACACAGCACAGAAGUCAAUAAUAUUGCAAAAUAGUAUUUACAGUGCGAUGAAUUAUUCUGAUACAGAAGAAUAUCCUGUAGCUGGAAGUCCAAGAACCAUCGCUAGUGUGAAUAUAUUUGGAGCAUUUUUGAUUUAUAAAUUAUUAUUGAGCUUUUAAAAGCAUUAUGGACUAAUCCAUUAUACAAUUUUAAUAAAAUUUAAAAGC